AGAGCUUGGGCCUCCCGGUGACGGCUGGGGGGGCGCGGAGACUUCGCUCCCCCGUUUUCCCUCGAUCGAGACUUCGCGCUGACCGCUCCUGGCCAGCCUGGAGGACCCAAUUUUCAAUGGCAAGCCCUACAAAUGGAGCAGACCGAUCGCGUACAUGGCAAUUUUCAAAGACUAAGAUGUGCAAGUUCUACUUGGUCGGGAUGUGCACAAAAGGUUCACAAUGCCCGUUUGCCCAUCAAAAAACGGAGCUGCGUGAACUGCCCGACUUGACGUGUACCAAGCUAUGCAAGACACUGAUUCAAACAGGUUUGUGCGAGGAUAGCCGGUGUGCCUACGCGCAUAGCAAGGAUGAGCUGAGAGCAACCAGCACCUUUUACAAGACAAAGCUUUGCCGCUUUUCUCAGAUGGGUCACUGUGCCUUGGGUCUGAAGUGCAACUUUGCACAUUCAGACGAGGAGAUCCGCCCUUUGGACACCACGAAACUUCCAGAGCCGCCGGUGGAAAUCACUCCGGAGCCCAAGAAGACCAGCCGACCUAAGGAGAUUCUUCAGAAAGAGAACCGCAUGGCCAGGCCUCAGUUGCAGCAGCAGACCGCUUUACAGCAGCAGCAGAGGCACUUGGAGCAACAACAGCAGCAACUGCAGCAGCAGCAACUGCAGCAGCAAAUCCAGAUGCAGCAGCAGCAACUUCAUCAGCAACAUCACCAGUUGAUGGAGCAGCAGCAACAAAACAAAAUGUUGACAUUAGCCCUGCAGCAGCAGCUGGCUUUGAGUACCAACAGCCUUCUUCCUGGCGGCCUCCUCGGAUUAUCGCCGCUUCAAAACUCCCCAGCUGUGUCAGGUCCUUCAGAUAGUGACAGCAAGCCAAGGGAGGCGCAUGGAAAGCGUCGUGGAGGUCGUCGGGGAAAGGCUUGCCGCGUCCCAGCGAAGAGUGAAAGUGAUGAACAGAGAGACGAUGGGGUUCCAGCCCCUGGUGCUCCUCCAGGCAUCCCACCACUGGGCUUGGAAGGCACCAUGUGGAUUCCCGGACAAGUUCGCAGUGGACCUCGAGUUCCGGGGCCCCUGGAUCGAGACGAGCGAGGAGAUCUGAGGGCAGCUCCUGCAUACGUGACGUCCAUGGGCGCUGCCCUUUCAUCUAUGGGUAGUGCCGUGGUCAACAAGACGUUCCUCGAAAAUGAGCUUGGGCCUAUUGGGAAGAUGAGGCCCAUCCGCUCUGCUGCGGGCCGAUUGGAUCGGUUGGCUGGCAGUGGCGGCAGUGACAGUGAAGAUGAAGAAUUGGACAAGGAAGGUCUCUAUGAUCUUUCGCAGGCUGCAGGCCUGGUGUCCCAUCCACACUUCGCCCCGCCUCUGGCUGCUUUUGAGCAGCUCAAGGACAGCCAACGUGCCGGCAGUGCAGGUGCAACUUCUGCAGGUUCCACGCAGGCAUGCCCUUCGCAAGCCAGCACCAGUCUCAACGCUGCAAAUGGCCUUUGGGACUCGCAGCUCUACCCCGCCGCUGGCUAUCCAGAUGCCAGGGAGGACAUAUGGCAGGUCAAAAACACCUUCCUCACCUUGUCUCCGCGCGCCAAGCCAAUCCGAUCUGUAAGAACAGCGGACGGUGCUUUGUGUGAGCUUGGAUCCUUGUUGGACGACGAAGCCUAAGCGCAGCGAGCGCAGUGAGCCACAGUGAAUUCAUUUUUCGUUAUUCCCGGACUCCAGAUGUCCACGACAUGAAGGUCUGGGACACAGCUCUUUUGAGAGUGACUAAAACAGGUGUGGAAAAGGAAGCUUCGUUCAGCAAAUGCCCUGUGUUUCGUUCGAGUCCGGCCAGUGCAGCCCUCAUCAUGAACGACCGGAGCUUCCGACACACUUUGUGUAGAGACUAGAGAAAAGAGGGGGACUACUUUAGGGCGACUUGAGGUUGCCAAAAAGUGGGGGCGGGUCUGCAGGCAGAGUAGGACCUC